UGCACAGGUGGCGUGGCGUCAUGCACUCGUCGGUUGAGCGAGCGCGCCGCGGUUUUUGCGUGACCCGAUUGGAGUAUUAGAGGAAGCUUCCUUCGGUCAGAUUGAUAUCUACCCUGUAACCUGGUCUCCCCACUCCACACCACCACUAUCCAUAUUACCGGCAUCUACCACCCGAGUCGAUGCUACCUGGAAAACGAAGUGCCGAAAUUAUGUCGGUGUCGGUGGCAUUCAUUGGAGUACUGAUGCUGCAUUCGGUCUCCUCGCAGAACGCUGGCUUUGUGAAGUCUCCCCUGUCUGAGACCAAACUAACAGGUGACACCUUUGAGUUGUACUGUGACGUGGUCGGUAGCCCGACCCCAGAGGUUCAGUGGUGGUACUCCGAGAUCAACCGGGCCGACUCUUUCCGCCAGCUCUGGGACGGCGCCCGUAAACACCGCGUCUCCAUCAACACGGCGUAUGGCACCAACGGCGUGAGCGUUUUGGGCGUGACUCGUCUCGGCCUGGAGGAUGCUGGGACGUACGAGUGCCGGGCCAGUAAUGAUCCAAGGAGGAAUGAUCUGCACCAAAACCCUGCCACCACCUGGAUCAGAGCACAGGCCACCGUUACUGUGUUGCAGAAGCCGUCAAUCAACUCGUCGGACCAUAUCACGCUGCCAGUUGAUCACUACAGCCUGCCCCUCACCCUGCAGUGCAACCUAACUUCAGCCCACAGCGCCCACAGCGAGAGUUUCUGGAUGAAGAAUGGGGAGGAGAUCAAAGAGACCCGCGGAGAGAGGGCCAACACCGAGUACUACCUGAAGAAGCCCAGAGGAGAGGAUGCAGGGGAGUACAUGUGUGUCUACACCUUUCAAAUGGCUCCGCCUGCUAACGCCACCAUCGAGAUUAAAGCUGGUCCUGACAUCACAGGCCACAAGCGUAGUGACAAUAAGAACGAGGGCCAGAAGGCCCUCCUCUACUGUAAGGCCACUGGCUACCCCUACCCUAUCUGGACCUGGCACAAACUGGACAAUGGGUUCUACGCGGACAUUGAAAACUCCUCCGGCCGUUUCUUCAUUAACAACAAAGACAACUACACUGAGCUGAGCAUCAUCAACCUGGACAUCGGCUCCGACCCGGGGGAGUAUCAGUGUAACGCCACCAACAUGAUCGGCACCUCGUCCGUGGUGUCUGUGCUGCGGGUCCGGAGCUACCUGGCCUGGCUUUGGCCUCUGCUGGGCGUCCUGGCCGAGGUCAUUAUCCUGGUCAUCAUCAUCGUGGUCUAUGAAAAACGCAAGAAGCCAGACGACAUACAAGACGAUGACGAACCAGCUGGACCAAUGAAAACUAACUCCACCAACAAUCACAAAGACAAGAACCUUCGUCAGAGGAACACAAACUGAGAACACCGAUAAUAACACAUUAUACAUGUAUGUAUCGACCAUAUGAAGGUAACCAGGAAAAGGGAUUUAUAGAAAUGUGUUAAUAAGAAUUUAUCUGCCAAUAAAACGACGUAGAAGAAGAGGAGGAGGGAGGAGCUACUGUAUAUGUCUGUAUUGUAUGAUGAGGCAUGCCUUCUGAUUUUGAUUAUCUAGCUAUCGCGUGACAAGGGUGAAGAAUGUGAUCAAUGAACGUGAUCCCAUAACAUUAUGAAUGAUUUACGAAGUGUCUAUGGAAGCAUUAUAACCAUUGUUUGCUGCAUGCAGUUAUUGAUUGUCGCUGUUUAUUGAUUGUUUUGAUUUGAUUAUUUAUUCUGAUCAAAUUCUUAUCAUUUUUCCAAUUUUUACUCUAUUCUGAAGUAAUGCAUGCAAGGUAUUCUAACUUUCUGUUUGGUUCAGACCUGACAUGGCUUUUUGGACUGUUUCCCAAAUGACACUCUUUUUUCCCCUAUAUAGUCCCCCCGCCCCCCAAAGGUCUCUGGUCAAAAGUACUGCACUCUAUAGGACAGGAGUAUUCAAAUCUUAUCAUACAACCUCUGUAGAACUGAUGUUUUUUUUCUUCUGUUUUUCUACCUGUUAAUGCAUUUGACCUACCUGGUGUUCCAGGUCUAAACCAGGCCCCCUGGAUUAAAGAAAAAGGAGUGGAAAUGGUUUCAAAAUCCAGAUUUGAAUGUGAAUGGAAUGAUAUGGAAUAGGGUGUCACUUGGGACUCAGACUUGUUUUUUUUUGUUUACUUAGAUAAUAGAUAAUCACUAUUUGUGUUGACUAUGAGAAGCUAAAGACUUUGCAAUGUAAAAAGGGAGGAACCCCCC